AUGCAAGCUUUUAAUGCAGAGCACCGUAGGCCAUAUUUUCUACUGAGAGAUGCAGGAUAUCCAUUUUCACCUUACAUUCUUACACCCAUAGUUGAUGCAGCCGAAGGCACCCCAGAAUAUCGGUACACUCGUCGACAUACACACACACGUUGUGCUAUUGAGAGGGUAUUUGGAAUGUUGAAGGGAAGGUUCAGGUGCCUACAUAAGGAUCGAGUUUUACUCUAUGAACCAGAGAAGGUAGUAAACUUCUUCAAAAGUUAUGCAAUUUUGCACAACAUAAUGAUAGACAAUGGAUUACAAUUAGAUGACGAGGAUUUUUAUGAAUCAGAAGAUGAUGACGAGGAACAGCCUGGAGAUGAUGAAGUGCAUGGCCCAGCUGCAAGAAGAGCACGAAAUCAAGAUUUACAGAGGGGACGUCAACUCAGACAGCAAAUAAUGAACGAUUUUUUCAUGUGA